CUGCCGCAGCGACUCAUCCUAUCGAUAAGGUUCAGUUAGCCAAGGUGGAGGAUGGGAAAAGAAUGGAACUGUCCCAGCUACUCAAUGAGAUCAGGGCAAACUAUGAAAAGCUCCUCACCAGAAAUCAGAUAGAGACGGUGCUCUCAACAAGGAUCCAGGUAAUGAUUUCAUACAGACAGGCACCUUCCAGAAUAAGGAGACAGUCCAUGUCUACCCAAUUCCUGUCCCGGCCUCUCUGAGCUAGAAGAAGAUAUAAGCAAAAAAAUGGACAAAGAUGAGGAGGCUUUAAAGGCGGCUCAAGCAGAACUCAAGGAAGCCCGACGCCAGUGGCACCACCUGCAAGUGGAAAUUGAAUCUCUCCAUGCUGUGGAAAGGGGCCUUGAAAACUCCCUACAUGCCAGUGAGCAGCAUUACCAGAUGCAGCUGCAAGACCUAGAGGCAGUGAUCGAAGGGCUGGAAAAAGAGCUACAGGAAGUAAGGCGCGGCAUCGAAAAACAGCUUCAAGAGCAUGAGAUGCUUCUCAACACGAAGAUGAGGCUAGAACAAGAAAUAGCAACUUAUCGCCGCCUCCUAGAAAAGGAAGAAAUCAGAUACUAUGGUUGUAUCCAAGGUGGGAAAAAAGACCAAAAACCUACCACAAGUAGAGUUGGUUUUGUUUUACCAUCAGCCAUCAUAAAUGAAAUAUCUUUUUCAACGAAAGUCCCACAAAAGUGUGAGAAUGAAAAAGUGGAAACAGUGACCAAGCAGGCAAUAUUAAAUGGAAAUAUCGUGAAGGAGAGCACUGAAGCUCAUGGCACUAUUCAGACAGAGAAAGUGGAUGAAGUUAUUAAAGAAUGGGAAGGUUCCUUCUUUAAAGAUAACCCUCGAUUAAGGAAAAAAUCUGUUUCUCUUCGAUUUGAUCUUCAUUUAGCAGCCACCGAUGAAGGGUGUUUACAGACUAAGCAGGAUAAUCUACCAGAUAUAGAAGUCAGAUUAAUCAUGAGAAGAUCAUGCAGUAUCCCCUCUAUCAAACCUCCAUCAGCAGCUAAUUAAUCCAAAGAUAGUGUCUGACUUGAUUUGAAAAUAACGAUAGGAUGGACCAAGGUGGGCCGUGCUGAUCCCCUCUGUCCCAAAUAUAAGUUAUUGAGUACAUAUGGAAAAUGUUAUCAUCAAUGUGUGGUUCUCUUCAGAGGAAAAAAAAAGAAACAAAGUUUCUCUGAAUCGAAUUAUGGAUGUAUAUUUUUUUGGAGAGGGGAGAAGCUUAAAAAUAAAAUGAGAGAUUCAGUACAGUUUCUAUUUUAUUUAUUCUUCAGAUAGUCUUCUUUUUCCCUUGAAAUUUUAUCAGGGAACGUAUCAUUAACCUGGCUUAGUCAAGUCUUUGUAAUUUUACUCAGUGGCUGAAUACCCCAGGGAAAAAAUAGUUUGUUUGGAUAUGAUUGCAUUGUGUUAAGAGGCACACUGAGUUAUUCACCAUUAUUCCAUGACUGGUUAAACCUAAAAAGUUUGUUCUACUCAAAAAAAGAAAGCAAUUAUAAACAUGUUUUUAAAGGGGGACUCACUAUUCACUUAACCAGGAUUUCUCCUUUUGAGACAAUCAUCUGUACACUUAGAAAAAUAAGAAGAGUUCUUUUCCAUGAGCAAUUCUGAGCAAUCUAUAGGACAUACCCCAAGGCUAACUUGAUGAUUAAAUAAAAUUAAGUUAAUUUACAUACAGCUGAAAGUUUUUUAUAAUCAGUAUCUGAUUUCCAGAAGAGUUACUUUACUCAAAAAAUUUUAAAGUUUGUGUCCCC